CAGUUAUUGUUUCCGUGCGGAACAAAAAAAGGGGGAAGGUAAAAGUUGAUGCACCUGCAUGUGCAGACGCACCAAAACAUAAACAGAAGUCGGGGGGAAAAAGCUUUACCGAAGUUGGAGUGACCUACGAAAGGUUAACAUAACAAUGGCUAACAUGCUAACCGGGAGCUAAUAGUUUGGCUUUUGACUCACUCACUUCUUCUGGUGAGGAGGGACUUCUCGUCGUCUUAGUCGAAGCCCCGCUGGAUGGAUCGCGUCACGGUGUCGGCGGCGGAAGGGUCCGUGGAGGACAUGGAGGGGAUCUGUGUCAUGCCGGAUCUGAGUGCGAUCAAGACCGAGCAGUCGGUGGGCGCAGCUCCAGACGACACGAACCCUCCAAAUGUGGCCAUGGGCAUCAAAUUCAUCCUCCCCAACCGCUUCGACAUGAAUGUCUGCUCAAGAUUUGUCAAGUCACUCAACGAGGAGGACAGCAAGAACAUCCAAGAUCAGGUGAACUCUGACCUGGAGGUCGCCUCUGUUUUAUUCAAAGCUGAGUGCAACAUUCAGACGUCUCCUUCACCAGGUAUUCAAGUGCGUCAUGUUUACACGCCGUCCACCACAAAGCAUUUUUCUCCCAUCAAGCAGUCCACCACACUCACCAACAAACACCGUGGCAACGAGGUCUCCUCCACUCCUCUCUUGGUGCAUUCUUUGUCCAUUCACCAGCUGGCAGCACAAGGGGAGAUGGUAUUUUUGGCGAGCAGGAUUGAGCAAGAAACUGUGAUCAACCUGAAAGACGAGGAAGGUUUCACUCCUCUGAUGUGGGCGGCGGCACACGGACAAAUAGCCGUCGUGGAAUUUCUGCUGCAAAACGGCGCCGACCCCCACCUGCUGGCCAAAGGGAGGGAAAGCGCGUUGUCUCUGGCCUGCACUAAAGGCUACACGGAUAUCGUGAAGAUGCUCAUCGACUGCGGUGUUGACGUCAACGAGUACGACUGGAACGGCGGGACUCCUCUGCUGUACGCCGUUCACGGCAACCACGUGCGCUGUGUGGAGAUCUUGUUAGAGAGUGGCGCUGAUCCCACCAUGGAGUCAGACUCUGGGUUUAAUGCGAUGGACAUGGCGGUGGCGAUGGGACAUCGAAACGUUCAACAGGUGAUCGAGGGGCACUUACUGAAGCUUCUGAUGGGAAUCAGAGAGUAAUCCUGCGUUUACCGAGGCGCCGUUUGCUCUGAAGAGCGUCCCGACGGUCUGCUGGCUGGAAGAUUUCCCUCCUUGAGGAGAACGUUUCAGUGUUUGUCAUUAUUUAUUCGACCGGGAAGCACACAAAGGUUUUGUGCUGUGAAGCUCUCACACUGUGCACUUUUUUUUUCUUUUUCUUAAAUUAAAAACAAUGAAACGGCUAAACAGCCUUUGUCACAGAAAGUUACUGCUCUGAUUUUUGUUAGAAAGGCGAAAACAUUUUCAAUGAAAUCGGUUGCAUGGUUUUCCUGAGCAGCUGUGUUGUUUUUUUCUUUGUGUUGUGAAUUUAUUUAUUUACUUGUACUGUAAGAUUUUUGUGUACAGUGACGUAUUCUACAUGUCUGACAGUGAAGAUCCUGAUGUAAACCUGCAAGAUUUUAGUUUGUCAAGAAGUUCAAUUUUUGUUUAAAAUAUUAAAUUUCAAAUUUGAAAAAUGUCAAAUUUCACUAUAUACAAUAAAAAAAAA